AUGUUAGCGACCCAAGCAAUUUCCUGUGGUGUUCUGUCCCUGUGUUUCUUGAUCCUGUUCAAUGCAGAAAGAAGAUCCAGCUUCAUGAAGUGGCUCUGCAAUUUCCUCAAGGGGACGAAGCCCGUGGAGUCGAACCACCGGCGGCGGCCUCGGGUGACCGCGGGAGAAGAGAGCUCGCUCUGGCAACAAGAACCGGUCAGGCCAAAGAGGGAGGAUCCACCUAGACAUGACAAUGAAGAAUUGGACCGUCAGAUUGCACUCUCUCUCGCAGAGGAAGCCAAACGUACUAAAGAGCGAAACCAUAACAAGGGAGAGAACGAUGAAGACCUGGCCAAGGCAAUGCAGGACAGUCUGAACAUGAAUCCUUACAUGCCACACAAUCCCUAUGCCCCCUCCCAGGCCUUGCCUAGAGGGCAAAGGGUCUGUGGUGGCUGCAAGCAUGAGGUAGGACAUGGCCAUUACUUGAGCUGCAUGGGAAUGUACUGGCAUCCUCAAUGCUUCCGUUGCUCUUCUUGCACACACCCUAUCCGCGAGACCGAGUUCACCUUGCUAGGCGCAGAGCCAUACCACAAGUUGUGCUACAAGGAGCUACACCACCCGAAAUGUGAUGUCUGCCUUCAAUUUAUUGCGACGAACAGGACGGGCUUGAUAGAGUACAGAGCCCAUCCAUUCUGGGGCCAGAAGUAUUGCCCCUCACAUGAGCUUGACCGCACACCUCGUUGCUGUAGCUGUGAGAAAAUGGAGCCAAGGAACACAAAAUAUAUGUCGCUGGGAGACGGGCGCAGUUUGUGCAUGGAAUGCCUGGAUUCUGCGGUCAUGGACACGGGUGAAUGCCAGCCCCUGUACCACUCCAUCAGAGACUACUACGAAGGGAUGAACAUGAAACUCGACCAGCAGAUACCCAUGCUCCUGGUUGAGCGGCAAGCGCUCAACGAAGCAAUGGAAGGGGAGUGCAAAGGUCCUCACCACAUGCCUGAAACAAGAGGCCUAUGUCUGUCGGAAGAGCAGACUGUGAGCAGUAUACUUAGAAGGCCCAGGAUUGGUGGACAUAGGUUACUAGAUAUGAGAACCCAGCCACAAAAGCUGACUCGCAGAUGUGAGGUCACUGCAAUUCUUGUCUUGUAUGGACUCCCCAGGCUACUAACUGGCUCCAUCCUUGCCCAUGAAUUGAUGCACGGGUGGUUGCGCCUCAAAGGUUACCGAAACCUAAGCCCAGAGGUUGAGGAGGGUAUAUGCCAAGUCAUGUCUUACUUGUGGCUCGAGUCGGAGAUUCUUCCAGCUUCUACAAGACACGCUCAACCUUCAACCUCGUAUGCUUCAUCCUCGUCGUCUUCCUCAUAUCGACCACCAUCAUCCAAGAAGGGUGGCAUAUCUCACACCGAGAAGAAGCUUGGCGAGUUCUUCAUGCAUCAGAUUGCCAAUGACACCUCAACAGCAUAUGGUGACGGAUUCAGAACUGCCUAUAAAGCUGUCAACAAGUAUGGCCUUCGCCAGACACUGAACCAUAUACGUUUAACUGGAGGUUUUCCUGUGUAA